UAAUUUUAUUUAGAGAAAAAAAAGGAGAAUGGACUAUAGGCACUUUCUUCAUUAGCAAGAUGAACGCAAGGUUGGACAAAAGAAAGCUCUCACGAUCUGAAAGUGUAAGGAAAUUGUUGAAGGAACUGGUGGGAAGCAAUCCGCCUCAACGGAACUGGAAAGGAAUCGCUAUUGCCCUGCUUGUUAUACUCGUUAUCUGUUCGUUGAUUGUGACAUCUGUUAUACUACUGACUCCAGUUGAAGAUAAUAGUCUGUCACUCAAAGCAAAGGUAUCACUGCAAGAUUUGGUCAGUGGGGAGUUUGCAAUUCGUGAUCCUGAAGCGAAAUGGAUAAAUGAUAAGGAAUUAUUAUAUCGAAGCGAACAAGGGGAUGUGGUGAAGUUGAACGUGGAGCGGAAUGAGUCUACAUUUUUAAUAGAAAAAAGAAGAUUUGAGAGUUUACAAGUCAGCAAAUAUGAAGUGUCUCCAGAUAUGAAGUACGUGCUACUAGCAUAUAAUAUUGUACCGAUUUACCAACACUCAUAUACAGCACACUACGUCCUCUGCAACCUUAUAACAUGGGAACAUCGGAAUUUAAAUCCACCAGAAGUUCGGAAUGCGCAACUGCAGUACGCCGGAUGGGGUCCCAAAGGCCAGCAAUUGAUUUUUAUAUUCGAAAAUAAUAUCUAUUAUCAAAUGAACGUGGAAAGCCGCGCAAUACGCUUAGUCUCCACAGGAAAAGAAGGAGUCAUUUUCAACGGUUUGAGUGACUGGCUAUACGAAGAGGAGAUAUUAAGGACCCAUAUUGCUCAUUGGUGGUCGCCAGAUGGCGCCAGACUUGCAUAUGCCACAAUAAAUGAUACCAAAGUUCCUACCAUGGAGAUUCCGAUAUACACUGGGUCAAUUUAUCCUACAAUAAAAACAUACCAUUAUCCAAAGGCAGGCUGUGAGAAUCCGGUUGUCACACUGCAUGUCGCCAACUUGAAUGGACCUCUUCAUCUUGUACAAAUGACUCCUCCCGUUGAUCAAAGAAUGAGAGAGUACUAUAUCACUAUGGUAAAGUGGGCAACAAGCACCAAGCUGGCUGUCAAUUGGAUAAACCGGGCACAGAAUAUUUCCAUCCUGACGCUUUGUGAUGCUACAACUGGAGUUUGCACAAAGAAACAUGAAGAUGAAAGUGAAGCCUGGUUGGACAGACAGAAUGAAGAACCUAUUUUCUCUAAAGAUGGCAGAAAGUUUUUCUUCAUGAGGGCAAUCCCACAGGGCGGGCGAGGGAAAUUUCAUCAUAUUGCUAUGUCAUCUUCGCAGGCUAACUACAGCAAUGAUAAUUUGCAGACCAUAACUUCAGGAGACUGGGAUGUUACUGAAAUUUUGGCUUAUGAUGAAAAGAAUCAAAAAGUAUAUUUUAUAAGUACAGAAGAUUCACCCAGACGGAGACAUUUAUACAGUGCAAACACGAAUGGUAGCUUCAACAGGCAAUGCAUCUCUUGUGAUCUGAUAGAAUCGUGCAGCUACGUCCGUGCCUCAUUCAGCCAUAAUUUAGAGUUUUUCAUAUUAAAAUGUGAAGGUCCAAGGGUUCCUAUUGUGACUGUUCACAACACAUCUAGCCGAGAAAUUGUAACUGAACUAGAGAAAAAUACCAACAUCAAACUGGCAAUGGAUGUAAGACAGAUGCCCAAGAUUGAAUUUACGGAAGUCAAAAUAGAAGACUAUAAUUUGCCCAUGCAGAUUAUAAAGCCAGCAACAUUCUCAGAAACAGCACAUUAUCCACUACUACUUGUUGUAGAUGGCACUCCCGGCAGCCAGAGUGUGACUGAAAAGUUUGAAAUUAAUUGGAUAACGGUGCUGGUCAGCUCCUUUAGUGCCAUAGUGGUAAAAUUUGAUGGACGUGGAAGUGGUUUCAAGGGGACAAAGCUUUUACAUGAAGUGACUAGGCAACUGGGAGUCCUGGAAAAGAAAGACCAAGUGGAAGCACUCAGUGCAAUGUUAAAAGAGCAAUACAUAGACAAACAGAGAGUUGGAGUAUUUGGGCAGGAUUAUGGAGGCUAUUUAAGUACGCUACUGUUUUUCAUGACUGGAGAAGAUACUCCUCUAUUUACUUGUGGUUCAGCACUUUCUCCAAUAAGUGAUCUCAAAUUAUAUGCUUCUGCCUUUUCUGAAAGAUAUUUGGGAUUGCAUACUAUUGAUAACAAUGCAUAUGAGUCAGCCAAAUUAGCACAUCGAGUGCCCUUAUUGAAUAAAGAGAAAUUCUUGAUUAUCCAUGCUACUGCAGAUGAAAAAGUCCAUUUUCAGCACACAGCAGACCUCAUCACACAUUUAAUCAGACACAAAGCAAAUUAUUCCUUACAGAUAUAUCCAGAUGAGAACCAUUAUAUUCGGAAUGGACCAGUUCAACAACAUUUGUACAAAUCCAUAGUGAGUUUCUUUGAGGAAUGCUUCAGAAUCCAGGAUAAACCUCCCAUAGUAAUUAUAGAGGAUGAAGAGGGGGACGAUUAACUAUUUUUUCGUGCCAAGCACAAACCAAUUCUAAAUUAACAAUAUGCAACUGAAUAUUUUUCCUUGGAAAAUAAGAAAUAUAUCGCAUGUAUCUAGCAGAACAGCGCCCCCCAAUGGCUAAUUUGAUUGCACUUCUUCUCAAGUGAAAGAACAUGAAGAAUGUUGGACUUAGAUGAAACCGCUGUCUAAAUACAUUGCUUUUUUUGUUACCACAAUGAAAAUUCUGUUCCAAAAAAAGAACCAACUCAAUUUCAAGGAAUACAACUUUUUGAGGAAAACCAUAUGGACUCCAAGGAUUAGAUGACUUUUAAUGUUCACGAUAAUAAGCUGUAAAUUAAAUGUCCUUCAUUAUUGCAACACUAAUUUAACAUUGCAUUUGUGUCAGAUGAAACAACUACGUGUGAAACAAGAUGAUAGCACAAUUGUUUUCAAAUUACUAAUUUACAUUUUGCUUGCUCUAUAUCACGUCUUAAAAAUGUUAUUGCUUUGGGCCAACUUCGAUGAAAACUAAUACAGUGUAUUAAUCGUAUUAAUAA